AUCAUUCGGUUCAUUCCUGAUUGUCUGGUUUAAGCUUUACUGUUAUUUUAUAAUUUCCCAUGCAACAGUUACAUACAGAACACUCGUCGCUCAUACAACGGAAUUCUAAAGGACAAAAUGCUGGCCUUACUUUUCAUCUUGGGGGUGUUGUGUCCCCUAACCUUUGCAGAAAUACCAAUCAGUUUGCUGAAUCCUAACACUGAUGGGGUGCUGGCGAGUACAUUCCCCAACUCUUUUCUACUCCAAAUGCCUGACUGCUCAAUUUAUGGAAACCAAAGUGUUUUACUGCUGUACACAGAAGCGCCCACCAAUCUAAACAAUACAGUGAAUUUCACCGUUCAGCCUUGUCCUGUUAGUCAGUCGUGGUACCUUCUGGGUAACCUCAAAAAUGGCACAACAUACAGCAUGUCUUAUAAAAUUGGAAAUGACACAAGCUCAGUUUUGACUAAUACAACUACCAAUGUCAAUGAUUACCAGCAGAUUGACACUGGUCUUCGGGCACGCAGUGGAGCAAUGGUGGUGAUCACUGUCAUCCUGUCUCUGGCCAUGGUGUUCCUCCUGGUUGGCAUUAUUCUCGUCUUCUUCUUCUUCUCUGGCUGAGCUGAACAUGACCAAUAUUUUAUCAAGUUUUUUUUUUUUUUUUUUUUUUUUUUAAGAAUAGACAUGUAUUUCAAAUAAACUGAAAUCUCAGAGACAGGACAACCACAGAAUUCUAAUGCUGCGACACAUUUUAAUUAAAUAAAUCAUGUUGUUUGAUAUAGA